AUGUCUCAGCCGUCGAAAGAGCAGGCACCGCUUCCGCCAUACCGACGACCGCUUACUUUUGCUGAAGCUCUCCGGUUCACACCACUGACAACCUCGCCUCUUCAGCCUUCUGACCAGAUUCCGCUUCCCAGAGUUGGUCACCAAUCACAACAUGUGCCCUUCACAUCUGCUGUGGAUCGCAAAGUGGUAGCAGGCAUCAAAAUCACACCGAAGGUACACGAUGAGCUUCAAAGACUACUCGAAGCCCAAUCUUUAUCCGAGUUCAAGUUCAAGAGGCAGCCGAAACCAAAUAGUGCAGAUGCUCCAGCACCAGAACUUUCUACGCUUGCCAGACAUGUCUACGAGGGCAAUCCGCUCGAUGUCGCCUACCGACCAGAUAGCACACAGCCGCUGAAUGCCCAGUUCCCAGUCACCAAGGCGAAAGCUGCUCACGACUCCGCAUUUCAACAGAAUUUCAUACUUGAAGUGCCAAACAAGCAGCCUGUGGCCAACUCAGCUACCCGUCCAGUCAUCCAGAUCCGGCAGCCUGAAGGUUUUCGUCCUCAAGACUAUGCUCGUGCACCAGACUCGCCAAAGCGACGCAAGCUGGACAAUGGAGAUCUCGAUGCCGCUCGAGCCCUACGACAACGAACACAGCGAGAGCUUGGCGAUCAUAGCCUCCACCAGCUUCAAAACCUGCUUGAUACCAUCUCGCAAGCCAGGAGCCAGUUCGAAGAUGCCGGGACGGAGUUCGCAGGCCCACAAGUGUCAGCAUUGCUUGAGCCAGGUCAUGAAGACGAUGACUUACCGUACCGACUCACGAGUAGUGCCCUAGAAAAGCUUCGAGCGCGACUCAGUAGCCUGGUCGAUCUGAAACGCUUAGGCGAAGUGUCACAGGACGACAUUCAGCAGCUGAGGCAAUUGUGUGAAGGCUCGAUCAAGAGAACACAGACUCUCAAUUUGAGGCUCGAAGACAAUCCUACUGAAGAGGAGGUCGAAGAGUGGCAGAAGAGGCUCAUCAUCGCCGAGUCUGGACUUGGAUCCGCGUCGGUCUAUCUUUUCACCGCUAUGGGAGACAAGCCGGUUGAGGUCGACGCAGAUAUUUUGAUGGCCACGACUGCUGCCUUGGAGAAUGUUUUCGAUUCCUGCCUGGUUCCAGUCAUUCAAUCUCGACCAGAUGGACAAAGCGCGUAUCUCUUUCAGCAAGCUUCCCGCAAUGAAGCGAUUUUGAAACGGCUGCUGGACGCUGGCCGCAAGUUACUCGAGCAACUGUCACUCGCAUGCGUGCAGGUCAGCGAGGCAUCAAUCUGUCAAGUACCGACAGAGUUUCUGGCUGCUAGGCUUAUCUUCGUGCAAAACUCAAACAAGGAAAAGACUGCGGCUAUGAAUCCCAAAGCAUACGAGAGAACCAGAAAAUCAGUCAUGUCAUCCCUCGCACGACUGUUUGCAGCAUUCCCUGGCGACAGAAAGCCUAUUCUCGAUGAGAUCCUGGUGUCGCUUGACAAAGUGCCUUCCACAAGCCGCAGCGCUCGUCAGUAUACUCUGGGCGAAGGCAAGAAUGUCAUGCUUGUCUCCGCACUCCUCCUACAACUUGUCCAGACUUGCGUGUUGGGCAGUGGUCGGCGCACUAGGUCUCGUCUUCGCAACCGCAGCGAUGACCACAGCGAUUCCAAUGACGUGGACAGUGAAAGCGAGUCUGAUCAGGCAGCCGAACCAGACGCCGUAUCUUCACUUCGGAACAAAGCAGACGAGUUGUACAGUGCUGCAUUCAAGACGAGUCAAGAGAUUGUCUACUAUCUAAUAGACAAAGCUUCCGGGGUCUCAAAGACUGGCGAUUCGCCUUAUCGCAACAUUCUCGACCUGUUCAUUGAGGACCUGGUCACUCUGCUUCUAUUGCCAGAAUGGCCCGCGGCCGCUCUCACCCUCGAAGUUGUCUUUCAGAGAAUGACCUUGCUUGCCCGCACUGACAAAGCCGCGGGAGUCAAAAACAUGGCACUGGAGUCGCUCGGAACCGCUGCGCUCUUGGACAAAGGUGACGGUGCUUCUUCAGAUGUUGCCGGCACGCUCGUGCAAUUCACUAACGAUCAAUUCUCACGUACUUUGAGUGCCGAAGAGCUCCUGGGUCCACAAGGGCCAUUUGUCCUGACAUGUCGGCAUUACAAUCUGCAGCACGCUAAGAAAGAUGCAAAGACACUGAGAUCUCGCUCAUCACAUAGCUUCUUUCUAGCUCAAUACGCCACCAUGUUCUGUCGCCGCGUGGAGCACGAUGCUGAUGACGCCCAAAGCUUGCUCGACGAGAUUGAGGAGGCUAGCUCGGAGACUUCGUCCGUCGCCCACAUCGACGAAAUAAUGCCACGCGAAGCUCAGCUGGCGUAUACACUGAGCGUUCUGAAUCUUCCCAUAUGCCAGAGAUAUGGAUCGAUUGCCCAGACGCUGCUCGCCUCAUUGUCGAGUGAGCAAGCGCACGUACGAAGCCGGAGCAUCAAAAGCAUCGUUACGAUGCUGGAGACUGAUCCGUCUCUUCUGGAUUCGCAAGAGUUGCAGAUUGACCAGUACAUCUUUCCGUGCGCAUCCGAUGAUUCUGCGCUGGUCAGAGACGCUGCCCUUUCUCUAAUUUUCCAUUUCCUCAUCUCCAGGCCUGCGUACGAGGAACGUGGAUUCAAGAAGCUCAUAGAGUGCACCAAGGAUGACAAGAUUGGCGUGCAAAAGCGAUCGAUCGGGCAUCUGGCUGAGAUCUACGCACGCGACGCAAGACCGUAUCUGAGAGCGUCCAUUGCAGAGACAUUUCUCCGACGGACUUUAGACGUCGAGGAGUCUGUCGCCGAACUCGCUUGUCGAAGUUUGCUUGAUGCCUGGUUCACCAGCAACUUCGCCCUCGCCAAGGAAGCAAGAGACUCGGCACGGGCUGUCGUUGCUAUCGAAGAUCUUACAGCACAUAUGGUGGCUACGUUGGACCGUGAUCGCGAACUGCUGGAAUUGCCGCCGUUGCUAACACGUUUCCUGUUGUGGCAGUCUAAGGACUCGAAAGCUGCGGCAGAUUUCAACGAGCUUCUCAGCCGGAUCAGCGAGAGACUGUUCAACAUUAUCAUCGCUGCACAGGCUGAUCCAUCCAGUCUCGAGCUGCUUGUUUGUCUAGCGGAAGCCCGGCCUCAAUCGCUUGCGCCUGCCCAACUGUCACAUUUGCGGCAGUAUCUGAAAUUCAGCAAUUCAGAAGAUCUCAAGAUGUUCAAGGCAGUUCUUGCCAUCUUUCAGCACGUACUACCACACUUGUCGUCAUCGCACCACACUCUUCUCGAUGAGAUCCGAGGCGACAUUCGCCAAUCGAUCACCAAGCUACGCCUUCGGAGCGACCUGGACCAGGUCUUCUUGUGCCUGAGGGCAAUCGAGGACGUUGUGCCUAUGCCAGAACGUUACGUUGCGAUGAUACGCUCAAUUAUUGGACAACUUGACAAGGCGUCAUCGGAUCAGCGCCGUCGAUUCAUUGUCAUCCUCGGCUCUCUCGGCAAGCACCUCGACGUUGAGAAAUUUGUCUUGAGGGGACUGAUUGAUUCGUACAAGGGCGGUCCAAUCGCUGGAUUCCUGGCCGACACAGUCUACCCUUACGUCACUCGGCCUGACACAGAGGCAGUGCAAUUGACUGCGCUGGACAGCCUAGGCUGUAUCUGUCAAGCCUCGCCUGCUCAAUACACCAAAGGCCGGGUGUUAGACUUAUUCAUUGACUGCCUGCAGCAGACGGAUGGGUCGAGCUCCCGUUCGUACGCGCUGAGAACAUUUCAUGAUCUGUUCACCAGUCUCAGCGAGCCUCAGGCAGAAUCUGGCGAGUCAAAGGAAGACGCGGACACUGUACAGGACCUGAAACGUAUGGGAGGCAAUAAUAAGGUGCAGGGUAAUAGCAGCGCCACAUCUCAGCUGGCAACGAAGAUCUUCGGGCCCAUCAAAAAGAUCGCCCUCGAGACUCUGGGCUCAGAUUUGCUUUUGGCUGGACGCACGAUUGCCAGUAUGUCAAAGCAUGGCAUGUUUCACCCGAAAGACUAUGCUGGUGUUUUCAUCGCCCUACAAACUGCACAGGACCCCGACGUUCGAGAGCUCUUCAACCAGGCCCAUGCUAAAUCUCACGGUUUGCACGAAUCCGUGUGGGAACGUGAAUAUGUGGGCGCCGUUCAAGAAGCCUUCCGAUAUCAGUUCAACACAGCCGAAGACCCGUCCGGAAGCCAUCAGGGUCAAGCUAAGCUGGCCGCGUGCUUUGCCACGAUCAACACAAGCGGUUCCAAGUACGUGAAGAAGUUCGUCAGCAACAUUAUUACCAGGAUCAAUACCGACCCAGCCAAAAUAGACAUUUCGGAGCCUCGCCCAUAUCACUUGUUAUUCGUGCGCUUUGUGGCGCAAAAUCUGGCGUUCUUCGACUACACCAAGAUGGAAGAUCUGCUGCAUACUAUACUCCAACUGGAGAUUGUGUUCAGCAAGAACGGCGGUGAAAUUGCGCAGGCGAUCGAAAGCACCCUUCCUCUCACGAAAGCUAGCACGCCAGAUGCCACAGUGAACGGCAUAGGAGACGAGCAGGUUGUCGUCAACGGAGAGGAUUCGACCGCGGUUGUAGCGACUCAAGAAAACAUCAGCGCCAUCGAUCAAGAUCGGCUCAAGCGACUUGCAACGGCGGCGUGCGCAGUGACGGUGAUAUCGGAAGCUCGCUCUCACCUGAAGCGGCAGUACGGCAUCACGCGUGACGUUCGCGCAACCAUGGCGCAAAAUCAGCAGGCCAAAGAGAAGGCCAAGGUUCCAGUCAAGGUCCACGGCAUUACAGGCGAGCGGUUUUGGUCGCAGACCACUGCUAUUUUGUCAUCACUAGACUCGCCGGAGGCCAUGCUGCAACGCUGCCGAGACUUCCAUGGGCUCAUGAACGUUGAUGAGGAUGUUAUUGUAGGGGAUGAUGGGGAGGAGGCGCAGACCAGUAUCGAAGGAGAUGGGUACAUGGCACCGACGCCAAAAGGCAAGAAGAGAAAGGCCAAUGGUUCUGUUGGAGGCACCCCACGGAAGAGAGGACGGCCGAAGAAGACGACGACACCAUCUCGUCGGUCAUCUAGUGCUUCGUCGCGAGAUGAUCCCGACGCCGACUUCAUGGGUUGA